AUGGCAAACACCAUGGACACAGACGCCGGCUCGGAGAUGUUCGCCAGCUACGAGAAUGAGCUGAAGCUGGUGCAAGCAGACCUGAACCAGAAGCUGGACCAGAUCGCCGAGGCAAGCGGCGAGCAACGGAAAUCCGCAAUCGCCAAUGCAGAGCAAGUACUCGACGAAGCGAUGGAACUGCUCGACCAACUGCGCAUGGAGAAGCAGAACAUCCCCUCAUCGGCCCGGUCAAAAGUCAACGUCCGCUUCCGCAACUACUCAACCGAUAUCGACGAGGUCAAACGCAAGCUCAAGUCCCUAUCGGAUGAUCGGCAGGCACUCUUCGGAGAUCGGUACACCGACGAGCCGCAGGAUGAGCACCUCGAACAAAGACAACAGUUGCUUUCCGGUACGGAUAGACUAGAGCGCAGCUCUGCUCGCUUACAGCAGAGUCAGCGUAUUGCGCUAGAUACGGAGGAUGUUGCGCGCGGCACGCUCGGCACCUUGUACGAGCAGCGCGAGCAGAUCACCAAUGCUCGGAACAACUUGCAGCAGAGUGAGGGUUAUGUUGAUACUAGUAUCAAGACGUUGAGGGGCAUGGCCCGUAGGAUGGCUACGAAUCGGAUGAUUACUAUUGCUAUCAUCACCGUUUUGGUUCUUUUGAUUUUCGCCGUUAUUUAUAGCAAAUUCCAUUAG